GCCUGGCCUUGUACCCGAGGGGAUCAGGGGGUUCCCUGCCAGGUUCAGGUUCACCCAGUUGGGCCAACUUGCGCUCAGGCAGUAUCCCGUGGGCCCCAGAAGGCCUUCCCUGACCCCACGAUAGUUCCCGCCACCCUCCAGACUCUUCACAGAGCUGACCACCUGCCUGCGGAGGCCUCGUUUUAUUCCUGGCACCUACAGCGGCCUUGUAGGUUCGGGGCACACUGUCCAUUACGUGUCUGAGCGACCAGCAUCCGCUUAAAUGAUCAUCAGUCAGUCGGGCCCCACACUGGACAUGCCGGUUCCCUCCAGCUUCAACGAUGUGGGCCAGGAUAGGCAGCUGCGCAGCUUUGUCGGCUGGGUGUGGUAUGAGCGGGAGGUGACCCUGCCCCAGCGAUGGACCCAGGACCUGGGCACGAGGGUGGUGCUGAGGAUUGGCAGUGCCCACUACUAUGCCAUUGUGUGGGUGAAUGGGGUGCAUGUGGUGGAGCAUGAGGGGGGGCAUCUCCCCUUCGAAGCUGACAUCAGCAAGCUGGUCCAGAGUGGGCCCCUGUCCUCCUGCCGCAUUACCAUUGCCAUCAACAACACACUCACCCCCCACACGCUGCCGCCAGGGACCAUCCUCCACAGGACGGAUACCUCCAAGUACCCUAAGGGUUACUUUGUGCAGAACACAAACUUUGACUUCUUCAACUACGCGGGACUGCAUCGGCCCGUGCUUCUCUACACUACACCUACCACCUACAUCGAUGACAUCACCGUCACCACCAGCGUGGACCAGGGCACCGGGCUGGUGGAUUACCAGAUUUUCGUGCAGGGCAGUGAACACUUCCAGUUGGAAGUGCGUCUUCUGGACCAGGAAGGCAAAGUCGUGGCCCAGGGGACAGGGUGCCGCGGUCAGCUGCAGGUUCCCAAUGCCCACCUCUGGUGGCCCUACCUGAUGCAUGAGCACCCCGCCUACCUGUACUCUUUGGAGGUGAGGGUGACCACGCAGACAGCAGCUGGGCCUGUGUCUGACUUCUACACUCUCCCCGUGGGGAUUCGCACUGUCGAGGUCACAGAGCGCCAGUUCCUCAUCAACGGGAAACCUUUCUAUUUCCAUGGCGUCAACAAACACGAGGAUGCAGAUAUCCGGGGAAGGGGCUUUGACUGGGCCCUGCUGGUGAAGGACUUCAACCUGCUGCGCUGGCUCGGGGCCAACGCCUUCCGCACCAGCCACUACCCCUACGCGGAGGAGGUGCUGCAGCUCUGCGACCGCUACGGGAUCGUGGUCAUCGACGAGAGCCCCGGCGUGGGCAUCGUGCUGGCCCAGAGCUACGGGAACCGGUCUCUGCAGCACCACCUGGAGGUGAUGGGGGAGCUGGUGCGCAGGGACAAGAACCACCCCGCGGUGGUCAUGUGGUCCGUGGCCAACGAGCCCGCCUCCUUCCUGCCGCCCGCCGGUUACUACUUCAAGACGCUGAUUGCUCACACCAAAGCCUUGGACCCCUCCCGGCCCGUGACCUUUGUGACCAACUCCAACUAUGAAGCAGACCUGGGGGCGCCGUAUGUGGACGUCAUCUGUGUGAAUAGCUACUACUCUUGGUAUCAUGACUACGGGCACUUGGAGGUGAUUCCGCUGCAGCUGGCCACGCAGUUUGAGAACUGGUACAGGACUUACCAGAAACCCAUAAUCCAGAGCGAGUACGGAGCCGGGGCCAUCCCAGGGUUUCACCAGGAUCCACCUGCGAUGUUCAGUGAGGAGUACCAGAAGGCUCUGUUGCAGCAGUACCACAUGGUUCUGGAUGAGAAACGCAAAAACUACGUGGUUGGAGAGCUCGUCUGGAAUUUUGCCGACUUUAUGACUGACCAGGCCCCGCAGCGAGUGAUGGGGAACAAAAAGGGGAUCUUCACCCGCCAGAGACAGCCCAAGGCGGCGGCGUUCCUGCUGCGGGAGCGGUACUGGCAACUCGCCAACGACACGCGGCGCCCCCCGGCCGCCGGCGGCUCGCAGUGCCUGGAGAGCGGCCUGUUCCACGUCUGAAGCUCGCGCCUCCCGGGCCGUGGGCGGCCGACCCUCGACGGUGACGGUCCGUCAGCGGCGAAAAUAAAGGCUUUUGUUGUACGUGA